CAAACCAGCACUCCGACCCAAACCAGCACUCUGACCCAAACCAGCACUCCGACCCAAACCAGCACUCCGACCCAAACCAGCACUCUGACCCAAACCUCAGCAGCCUUGUUACAGUAUGAACACCAUUACAACCCUAAAGAUGGCCCUUGUGUUGCUCAUGCUGUGUUCAGGAUUGAUUGACGUAACAUUUGCAACUCAGCGUCUCCGAUUCUUUGGUGAACUUCAAAACCAGACCACAUGGGAAGGAGCGUCUGAGGCAUGUAAAGAGACAAACGCAUCACUUGUAACUCUGAAUGAUGAAGAGGACGCCAAAUUCAUGUACAAAUUCACAGCAAAUGCUAAAAACCUGUCUGACACAAGAACAGUGUGGCUUGGCUUGCGUCAUGUUGGAAACUACGCUUGGUCAAACGGUGAAGCUGUCACAUUCACAGAAAUAUCAGAAGAGUUAAAUGAAGAGGAACAACAGUGUGUAGCCAUUCAUGAUGACAAAUGGAAAAGUUUUAACUGCUCAGAAAAGAAAUACUUCAUGUGCUCCAAGGGUAAUAAUUACACACUUGUUAAUUCAUCUAAAACGUGGUGUCAGGCUCUUCAACAUUGCAGAGACCACCACACUGAAUUGGUCAGCAUCAAUUGCACGGCACAGAACGAGGAAGUAAUCAAUGAGGGGAACGGUGAAAGCUUUUGGAUUGGACUCCGGCAUGAUGAAUGGAAGUGGGACGACGAUGGCUGCUCUUCAUUCAGGGAAUGGAAGCCGAAUGCGGGAAAUAUUAUAAAGGGGAAUUGCACACAGAUAGGUUUGAAUUUAGAAUCACAAAGUGUACAGCUGUAUCGUCAAACAUGUUCCACUCCCCGAGAGUACCUCUGCGCUAAAGGUCAUGUAAGAAUCAAAGUCAUUGAACAGAAUCUUACAUGGGAAGAAGCCUACACAUACUGUAAGGUAAAGUACUCCCGCCUGCUGUGGAUCGAAGACGGGAACGAUCAGGUGGCUGUUGAACAAUGGCUCAAUCACACCAAUGUAGAUGGUCCAUUCUGGAUUUGUCUGAGACAAAGCCGUGUCUUUGGAUUCUGGAUUUGGAGUGAUUCACUAGUGGGGUAUUCCAAGUGGAAGGGUGAUGAGCCUCAGCCACCCCUGUCCCAGCAAUGUGGUGUCAUCGACAAAGAGGACAAAAUGUGGCGAGAUGAAAACUGCCAGCGUAAGCUACCUUUUCUGUGUGAGGAGGACAUUAUAUACAUGAGUGACAUGGACUCCAAUGGUACUUAAUGGAUACAUUGAUUUAGUUGAUUAGGUUACCACACAUUGAUCUGACUUCUUGAAAAGUUUCCAUUUUGGGAUCGACAUAUUUUGAUUAUUAGAUGAUGUAUUUCCUUUUAAGUUUGAGUUUUCAUUGUCUUUGUUGUUGUUGUUGUUUUCUUGUUCCUCUUUGCUGUGAUGGUUUUAUUAUGAUACACUUUUAUCUUAUAGAAACUUCAUUUGCUGGUUUAAUUGUAAUGACUUUAGAUUAGUGGCACAAUGUGAUAGACACGAGGAGAGUGUUAGCCCUGUGAUAGGUUGGCGACCUGUCCAUGGUGUACCCUGCCUUCCGCCCGUGGCCAGCUGGGAUGGGCUCCAGCCCCCCGUGACCCCUAAUGGGAUAAGCGGUCAAGAUAAUGGAUGGAUGUUGUGUGUUUGUUAUAUGUCUGUUAGCAUGUUGUUGUUGUUGUUGUAUCUUGUCUGUUGCCACUUUAUUUGUAGGAAAUUGGGCCCCUUAUUAAAAGCUUUAAAUAGAUUUCUUGGGGUCACCCCUUUCCACACAUCCAACCAUUGUGAAAUGUUUACUGAGUAUAUCAUAUUAUUUCAGCCUGCAUAUUAGUCAUGCCUAUUUGCUGUUCUUUUGUA